CUCCGGGCGGCUCCGGGCUGGGCUGAGCCGGCUGGUGGCCAUGGCCCCGGGGAAGGGCCCGUGCCGGCGGCGCAGCAGCGACUCGGGCGUGGAGCCGGACCGCGGGCCGCUGCUCCGGGACAGGGAGCAGCUCAGCGCGCUCUCCCAGAAGAAGAAGGAGCAGCGCAUCGCGCUCUUCCUCAGCGACUUCGACCAGCAGGCCAAGGAGCACAUCCAGGAGAUGAAGAAGGAGCUGGAUUCGCUGCUGCAGACAGCGGAGAAGGCGUUCGCGGUGGAGCUGCUGACCAUGCCCGCUGCCGUCAGGAAGAUGAAGAGGAAAGAGGUGCUCGAUUUGCAAGGACGGGAGGAAGUGGCUCUUGCUGCUGCAGUGAAUGACUGCUCUCUAGAAGACAUGCCAAAUCCCAAACUGGUGAGGACCAACAGCAAAAAAGUUAAGGUAACUACAAUUGUUGAAUAUGAAGAUUCCAAGCACAGUUCUGCAAAGAAAAUAACUAAAAAAGUUUCCAAAACCAGGUCACUGGUUUCAUUAGCCUCUGGUUUAAGUGGCAAACUGAACUCUCUUUCUAGUGCCACAAAUCUCAAAGCCACUCCAAAGGGAGCUAAAAGUGCUGGAUUACAACAGACUGCCUCAAGAACUUUACCUCCCAGUGGAAGAGUUCAAGGCAUGCUAAAAAGAAGUAAAUCAGUACCCCAACAUAAAAGUGUUCCAUUUGUCAACAUUCCCCUGGCUGAUGGACAGACACUCUGUACAGCUGGUGGAGACCUCCGUAAUAUUGACGUGCAGCUCCUAAAUCAGGAUACAGUACAGCACAUUCAUAACCUGGUGGUAAGCUUGAACCAGGAGAUUUGCAGAUCUGUGUAUUCAGACAGCUGGUCCUAGGCUUUCAUGUCAGAUUGUCAUGAAUGAAAAUUUAAACUCUUUGGAGUUUAAGCCUAAACUGGUUGGCAUCAGUUGGAGGGAGAGGAGAACUGCUGCAGAGGGAUCCCAUGUAAAACUAACUGCACUUACAUAAGCAUGUGCAGUUUGGUGACAGCCUGGGCGACCACAGGAGCUUAAACUCUUCCUUCUGCAGUGCUCUGGUGGCUGUCCUACCCUGUGAGCAAACUGCCAUUCUCUUAUCUCUCAUUCACAAAGGCUGACAAAGCUAUGGUUCAGUUCUGAUUCUUCUUGCAAUCAUUAUUCUGUGUCCCUUGUGCUGAGUAAGUAAUACAACCUGUUAAUGCUCUGCUGCAGUUGAACAGGAUCUGCCUUAAUGGUUGUGAAGCAAAAUAAAGGGGAACAGAACUUUGUAGCACAUACUGCCCACCCCUCCUGAGGGUACCUGGGCUAUUGUUGGAAGUAACAGAAAUCUAUCCAGACGUGAAGGUAUUAACCAGUUUACAGUUGUGCAGGUGUAAAGACCAGUGCAGCUGAGUCAAGCUAAAGGGCUGGGAGCUGUUCUGUGUUUUUUGUUAUGGCCCUGCCUCUAGGCAGACAGUGGAGAAUAAGUGCUCACUGCUUGCUUUAACAGUAGGGACCCUUUCUUCUUCCAGAUUAUUUUGGGUAGCUUGAACUAAAAUGAAUUUUUCCCCCCUCAGAGUGAGCUGACUGUUCUGUGUGGAAAAGUAACACCUAAACCAAGUUAAUGGAACUGUCUUGUGACUACAAAACAUUCAUGACUGCUCCUGCCUGCUGCCUCCAAAGUGUUGAAAUUAUGUCUAUUAUGUCUUAAUAAAGCUGCAUACUGCCCAGUAAAUGUUUUUAUAAGUUUUUAUAUCAUGUGAUGUGUCUUAUUAAGUUCUUGUUAUGAAGAUACCAAAAAGCAGAAGAAAAUGCUACUUCUUUAUAGAAGGCUUAGCCUAGAUUUUAACUAAGUUUACAACAAAAUGAGCAGUAAGAGGCUGUACAUAGGAAAUAAGUUUCUCUAACAUUCAGCUCACAAAUAAGAAAUUUAGUACCUUGUACUUCAGUUUAACAGCCUUAAGACACUUUAAUUUCAGUUAUGUGGUAGCAUAUAUGAAUCUAACACAGGAAUAAAAUUUAUUUCCACUCUUGUGUGUGACAUGACAGUAAUGCCUUAACAGUAAUGUGCAAGAUGACAGGUAAAAUUAGAAUUUGUUAUCAGGUGCUGCUGGCAGGAGCCCAAAUUAAUGCCAGCUGAGGACUGAAACAGAACUGCCCUACAGUGAUCAGCUCUUCUUCCAUCCCUUCACUUCAGCUAUCCGAAAAGUUGCCAUUAAUCCCAUCCUCUCUUCCCCUUCAAAAAAACCAAUCUGAUUGGGGAUUAAAGGUUUUGAGUAGUACUCUAUUUUGCUAGGAGUUACAAGCAGAAGAUAGGUGUUGCAAUUGUUUAAGCACUGCAGGUUACAAGAACUGACUCCUUGGUGAGAUCUGUCAGGAGGAAGGAUCAGCAUGUAACCAUGGCUUCACAAAAAGCAAUCCCAAGUUUUAAUAAAUGAAAAUAAAAGACCCACUAGAGAAUGCCACAUCAUAAGUCAGUACUGAAAUACAGAUCAAACAGUAUUUAUUUUUGCUUCAUUUUUAGAGUCUAUAACAAGGAUGGUCAGCAACACUCAAAUGCCAAUGUCUACCCAAGCACAUUCAAACCCUUGGAGUUUGUCCCUCCAACCUCAUCAAUAAAGUGUCAACAACUAUCAGAAAAGUAACUAAACAAGUCACACUUCAGAUUUGUAAAGAAAAGUAGAGCUUCAACUUUCUCACUUAAACAGGAGAGAAACCUUGCUAUAGAGGCAGCUUACCAACCCAACACUGUUCAUGCACAACAGUUCCUUAGUUAAGGUCACAUUUUUGCUUUGUUCUGGCAUUUUUGUCAAUUAAUAGUAGUAGAACUGCAGCUGGAGAUCUUAAUAUCUUCAUACUUAAACCAAAGUGCAAACUACUAGAAAAGUAACAAAACCAUCUACAUUUAUUAUGUUUCCAGGUUAAAUUUUUCUUUAAACUGGAAACACUUCUCGAGGAAGUGAGGCUGAAUAAGACUUUGAAUAGGAUUCAAAGGCUAAAAGACACCAUUAUUUCAGAAUUUAAUCAUUCCCCAUUUAAGGGGUUUGUUAUCUUUACAAUGAAUUCAGAUAUCCUUGUGUUUUCUUCACACAAAGGGGACAUGGCUGCAGCUUUCCCUGUGCCCAUUUAGUCAUCUCUUAUUUCAGGAAGAGACUUGAAUGUGGCACAGAGUUGUUAGCUAACCUUCACCUAGUCUUAAAGCAGCUUCAGCCUCCCUGUAUUUAUAAAAUAUCUAUCAUCUACAUAGUCUCUUCAUACACAGACUAGUUAAAGCCACUGGAAAAGUAAGAGUUACAAGGCAAAAGAAAUAUAUUAUACACCAACUGCUUUUAUUUAAUUUCAGAAACCGUUCACAAGAUGGUAGAAAAAAAAACUUACAACCACUUCUAAUUUAGUCUUUCAUUGUUCCCAGUCAGCUCUAAACCCAUUAUGUGCAAAGCCCAUUUACCAUGCAUCUAGAUGAUAGAUACAGGCUAUGAAAUUCUUGAUUCUACUUGUAGCAGCUUAUGCAGGUGCAGCCAAAUACCAAGCCUCAGGACAAAUUGUACACAAACUUUACAAUGUAGAAUUUGAAUUUAAAAUAUGAAACUUAAAAUCUACACAAAACUGGUAAAAAUCAA